CCUCUCUAGGCGUACCGCAGGCCUCUCUCUCGCCCUACUCUGAAGUCCAGACUGGUUGGGGAGGGAAAAGAAGGGUAAAGGUCGCUGAAAGUGGCUUAGUGGGAGGCAGGCAGGCAGGACAGGACGGGCGAUCUCGCCUCCGGAGCAGCCAUGGCGGAGAAGCCGAAGCCCUCCCAGGCACCCAUCAGUCCCCUGAAGAACUUCUUCGCGGGUGGCUUCGGGGGCGUCUGUUUGGUCUUCGUGGGGCACCCGUUGGACACCAUCAAGGUUAGGAUACAGACUCAACCAAAAGCUUUGCCAGGACAGUCUCUAUUCUACUCUGGGACGUUUGACUGCUUUAGAAAGACUCUUGUGACAGAGGGAGUCCGUGGCUUGUAUAAGGGGAUGGCGGCUCCAAUUGUUGGUGUAACCCCCAUGUUUGCUGUGUGUUUCUUUGGAUUUGGCUUGGGGAAAAAACUCCAGCAGAGGACCCCUGAUGAUGUUCUGACAUAUCCCCAGAUUUUUGCAGCAGGCAUGCUUUCUGGGGUGUUCACCACUGCAAUCAUGGCUCCGGGAGAGAGGAUCAAGUGCCUUUUACAGAUCCAGGCAUCCUCGGGUGAAAUUAAAUAUGGGGGCCCCUUGGACUGUGCCAAACAACUCUAUCGUGAGGCUGGCAUUCGAGGCGUAUACAAAGGAACAGUGCUCACUCUUAUGAGAGAUGUUCCAGCCAGUGGAAUGUACUUCAUGACCUAUGAAUGGCUAAAAAAUAUUUUGACACCGCAAGGGCAGAGUGUCAGUGACCUCAGUGUACCCAGGAUUCUCUUUGCAGGUGGCAUGGCAGGGAUUUUUAACUGGGCUGUCGGGAUCCCUCCAGAUGUGUUGAAAUCUCGCUUCCAGACAGCCCCUCCAGGAAAGUAUCCCAAUGGCUUCAGAGAUGUUUUGCGAGAGCUUAUUCGAGAGGAAGGGGUGAUGUCUCUGUACAAGGGAUUUACCGCUGUAAUGAUCAGGGCUUUCCCUGCCAAUGCAGCCUGUUUCCUUGGCUUUGAAGUCGCCAUGAAGUUCCUUAAUUGGCUUUCACCAACUCUGUGAGCACCAGAAAGGCAUGUUCCUAAGGGAACAUGAGGAUAAGAGGAAGAAUGCAACUGCAUUAGAGGAGCAAGCAGAAUGAUGAAACAACAUAAGCUAUAGAAAUGACUGGUUUACUAACAACCAUUUUUUGCCUUACUUGUGCCCUGUGGUGGGCACUGUGUGUUGCCAUUUGGAAUCUUGAGCCAAAGCUCUUCCUGUUGGGAAUUCAAGACAUAUACCUGCCUUCUAAACCCAAAGUUACCAUAGUGGUAAUGCUACUCAUAGAAAACCUUAUUGCUAUUAAUAGACAUCAAAACAAUAUUUUUCCUUCUCAUUUGCCUCCUUUGGAAAUAAAGACGAAAUAUUUUAA